UAAAGUUAUCAAGAUGAAUUCUGAUAAUGGAAUCAUAAAUUGGCUUAAUCAUGAAAAGUAUGGACCUUGUGAUCUAGAACCUGCAAGCAAAUUUAGGGCAACGGUAUAUUGGCUUACUCAUUUAAAACAUGGACAUCGAGAUCUAACUUAUAAUCCUCUUAACGAAAG